UAGCAGGGAAACGCUGGAGGAGACCCACAUUGCCUCACACGGUCGCGCACUGCAGAGGAGCGAGCAGGAGCCACGGAGGAAUAUGUCCGCGUCGUUACGCACCGAGGGACGCCAGCGCAGCGCAGUCAGUGCGUCCCCGCUGCCUCUGCUCUAGUCCCGCACACUCACUCCGCUGUUUGCACCACUUAUGAUCUGCUGAGAGCUUCCCUGCCGCCUCUCCUGGUCCAUCCCCGUCCCCUCCUCCCCUCUUCCUGCUCCUCCUCCUCCUCCUGCGCUCCGCCGUCCCGUCGCCAGGAUGGACAAGACGCUCUGCAGUCCGCAUCCCGGGACCAACAAAACCAACUCCCCGUCCUCGGAGCUCCGCGGCGGCUCGUCGUCGAGGAAGCCCGGCGGCCGGAGCGGCUCCCACAGCCCGGGCUCCGGCUCCUUGGGCGGAGGAGGAGCUGGAGGCGGCCGGGGCAGCGCGGUGCUGGGGAACAGCAUGAAUCCGCAGCAGCAGCAGCAGCAGCGCAGGAGGCAGCAGCUGGAAGGACUCCUGAGCAAAUACACCAACCUGAUCCAGGGCUGGCAGAACAGGUACUUUGUGUUGGAUCCGGACCUCGGACAGCUGCAGUACUUCGUCAACGAGCAGGGGAAGAACCAGAAGCCUCGGGGAUCUCUGCCGCUGAUCGGCGCCUCGGUGACCACCAGCGACGAGGCGCCGCACAUGUUCAUCGUGAACUCUGUCAACGGAGAGCUGUACAAACUCAGAGCCUCUGACGCCAAGGAGCAGCAGUUCUGGAUCAAUCAGCUCCAAGCUUGUGCCAGACGUCACUCUGACAGCAGUGCCAAGGUGAGGAAGCUGAAGGGCUCCGAUGAACACCUGAGCGUGGAGAGAGCAGGAGGAGGCCAGGAGGUGCUGGGCUCCUCAUCCUCCGGUCGGACCCGUAGUUUCUCUCUCCUCCCCCACCUAACCCCGUCUUCAUCCCCGGCCUCCCAGAGGCACCUGGGCCACGCCGCCUCACCCAGCAACAUCGUCACCAUCACCCACCACAAAUCUCCAGCUGCAGCUCGGCGGGCCAAGAGUCAGUACCCAGGACGGCUGGUGGAGGUCAAAGAGGUGAUGUCCCAAGCGGAGGGCCAACAGAAGAACCUCGUCCAGUCCAUCGACUCUCUGCCCACCAGGGGUCCGCUGUCCUGUCUGGACCAGGACCUGCUGCUGCUCAAAGCCACGUCGGCCGCCACACUCAGCUGCCUGGGAGAGUGCCUGAACAUCCUGCAACAGACUCAGAGCCACAGCCAGGCGCCGCCUCCGUCCCAGGCCUCCCAGCGCAACCACGCCGGCCACGGAGCCCCCUCCGAUGGUGUUCCUGUGUGGACUGUACCAAAGUCGCCCUCAGGGGAGCCGUUGAAGAACGGAGGUCUGACUCCUCUACGAUCAGCCGAGCCCUCCCCGGCCCUCAGGAAAAGGAGUCUGUCCCAUGGUGCUGAGCACCACCCAGGGCUGGAGGACAUCAGCCCGGCCGAGGAGGUGACGGACACGGAGGACAAUGAGGAGGAGGACCUGGGCGUCCUGGACGACCAGCGGAGCAUCAUCCUCCACCUGCUCUCUCAGCUCAAACUGGGCAUGGACCUCACACGGGUGGUGUUACCUACCUUCAUUCUGGAGAAGCGAUCACUGCUGGAGAUGUACGCCAACUUCAUGGCCCACCCAGACAUGUUCCUGUCCAUCACAGCCGGAGCCACAGCCGAGGACCGAAUAGUUCGCUUUGUGGAGUACUACCUGACCGCCUUCCACGAGGGCCGGAAAGGCGCCGUGGCCAAGAAGCCCUACAACCCCGUGCUGGGGGAGACCUUCCACUGUUCAUGGGAGGUUCCUCGGGACAAAGUCAGGCCUCCGGUCAGGUCGAACCAGGGGUCAUCCAGGGAGCCCAGCAGGGGCCCGAACAACGCUCAGCAGGGCGACGAUUCACCGGGAGACUGCUACAGAGUCCGGUUUGUGGCCGAGCAGGUUUCCCAUCAUCCACCGGUGUCGGGGUUUUACUGUGAGUGCCGGGAACGAAAGAUGUGUGUCAACGCCCACGUGUGGACCAAGAGCAAGUUCAUGGGCAUGUCUAUAGGAGUGUCCAUGGUGGGAGAAGGAGUCUUGUGUCUCCUCGAGCACGACGAGGAGUACGUCUUCACGCUGCCCUGUGCCUACGCCCGCUCCAUCCUCACCGUGCCCUGGGUGGAGCUGGGAGGCAAAGUCUCCAUCAACUGCAUCAAGAGCGGCUACUCGGCCACCGUCACCUUCCACACAAAGCCUUUCUACGGAGGGAAGGUGCACAGAGUGACAGCAGAGGUCAAACACAACCCGACCAACACCAUCGUGUGCAAAGCGCAGGGCGAGUGGAACGGCACUCUGGAGUUCACCUACAGCAGCGGCGAGACCAAAGUGAUGGACACGGCCAAACUCCCAGUCACCAGGAAGAAGCUGAGGCCUGUGGAGAAACAGGGGAGGACAGAAUCCAGGCGGUUAUGGCAACAUGUCACCAAGUCACUGAAGGAAGGAAACAUCGACGAGGCCACGGAGCACAAACACAGACUGGAAGAGUGUCAGAGAGGAGAGGAAAGGCAGAGAGCAGCUGAUAACAAACCCUGGACACCCAAAUACUUCACUAAAGAGGUACAGUAGGACUUCUAUUAACAGCAUAUCACC